CUUCCACAGAUAGCAACACUUUGUAACUCGCGCAACAAGGACCUCCAAGUCCUUCGAUGUGAGUGCUGGAACUAUGACUGAACACGGGCGGUUUCCUAAUUAAGGACGAAAGUCGAAUAAACUACUGCCUAUUGUAAUUGUGUGACAGGUGUAGAAGGAAGUUGGUUAAUUAAGUCCCACCGUCCCCAUAUGCCAUGCUGUCAAAUUCAUCGGAGCUGACGUUGAGCGUAGGGGAGCAAGUUUCCCCCGUGACCUUAACCGCAGAAUGGCCCCGAAUCGUUCGGCUACUCCUUCUGGCAUCCCUUGCUGCCAUUGGCAGUAUCGGAAACGUAUUCAUGAUAAGCGCCGUCAUGAUAGAUGAUUAUUUACGAAAAAGAGGAAACACAUUUUUAGUUAACAUCGCAUUGGCAGACUUAUUGGUAUCGGGUUUGGUGGUUCCAGCGUCAGCUGUGGUAAUCUUGGCAGGUCUGGGAGAUAACGUUAUAGUCUGCCGAUUCCAGUGGUUCAUCUCGGUUCUCUGUUUCCUGGUGACGAUGCUAUCUCUGACAUCCGUUGCGAUCGAGAACUACUUCCGAUUAUGCAAUUCAGACGGAUGCUACCAGAAAUUGACUCCACGCAGCAUAACGAUGAUCCUCCUGUUGUUCUGGGCCGUGUGUGCAAUAACGUCAGGACUACAAUUCGCCGAUUUAUCUUUCGACUAUUGCACCAGGAAGAAGUCAGGUCUGAUUCCUUAUCAAGCAACUGUAGCCAUAGUAUUCGUAUUCUUGCCGCUUGUUUUAACCUUUUCCUGCUACGUACGGACCAACUUUCGUGUACGAGUAGUUAAAUCUAGACCUAGUUUCAAGCCGAAUAUCACGUUCAGCUGGGACCUGGCACUGAUGAGAUCGAACAUGUACAGUUUCCUGCUGUUCGUCGUGUUCUGGCUGCCUUUCGGUGUAGUUUUAGGUGUCGGUACCGUCCAAUCUGUCAAAAACAAACUGUUUUACUCGCUCGCAUGGUUAGCCAUUAGCAAAUCAUGCGUCAAUAGUAUUUUCUAUUGCAUCACCAAUAGACAUUUUAGAAGUGCAUACGUUAAUUUGUUUCACUAUUGCUGCUGUAAAACCACGGUCUCGUUCUCUCGGAGACAACGUCCUGAAGGCAUUCGGCCUUCGGGAGACGUCCGGGUUCACAUCAUACCCGGCUACAACAUGUACUGUAGUCCUCAAAGGUGUCGCGAAGGUCAAGCCAAAAGAUGCUGCGGACGCACCAACGGUAGAGAUAUAUACGAGUUAUGAUGAGAUGAUAAGGGGUUGGCGAUUAAAGAAAUUCGGAUUUAAUUAAAAACGAAAAUCGAAUGUCAUUUUAAUUUAUUCAGAACGUCCUUACCUUACCAAAAAAUUGAUUAAAACUAUUGCAUUGAAGUAAAUUAUAGAAUUCUACAGAAUAACAAGAAUAAUACCGAGAAGUAUUUUCUUUGCAUAAAUCAAAAGUAAACACAGAAUACACAAACAGAUUUCCAAGUCAAAUAACGGAACGGUUUUUAAUCAUAUCUCAAAUCAGCUGAUACUGAAUCGACCCAAACCAUACCCUCUUUGAUAACAAGCAACUGAUAAAAAUAAUUAAUUGAAUGUAAACAAUGGAACACCAAAGAAGAGAUCCAAAGAUUGAAUGCCGACGUCCAAGAACUUGAAAUCAUUCAAUUAAUUAAUUAUUAAUCGUAUUCCAUAGAUUUGGUAUCGUUUAACGUUUGACAUAAAUAAUUAUAAUUAAUUUCAAAAUUAAACUUCAACGACAUAUACCUCGCCUAGAGGAAAUAACAAUUAUUUAUUAAUCCCAAUCUAUAUCAAUUUACUGUUAAUUAAGGAGCAGAAGUAAAUAUUGUUUGUACAUAUAAGGGCCGUACUUAGGCCGACGAUCAAAUUUUAUUGGGGAGAGAAUCUGAAGGCAACCGCGUGGUGUCCUUUAGAAACUGAUGUGACCCCUUUGCAUGUAGCCGAGAUCUAUCACAAUGUAUGAUUAUCUACAUUAUUAUUAAGGCCCUAAGUACGCCCCUGAGAACGAGGUUAUGUGCGAAUGACGUCCGCUCCUUACCAAUAAAGAUAAGGAAGGAAAACAUCACACAGUAACUAUAAAUUUUCAUCGCUACAACGAGUUUUUAUUAUUAUAGAAUCUUUAGUUCCUUUGUUUUUGUUUUCUUAAAAUGUAGGAAACAAAACUUUUAAAACGGUUUCUAGGUUUAAGGAAAUUGAACGAAAACCGGUUACUUACAAGGCACAAAAUACACAAAUAUAUGCACUUGUGACUUAUAUGGUUGCAACUAUUAUUCGUAAGUAAUAAAAUUCCCUCUGAUAAGAAAGCAAUGCAUUUACACAUUUUUGAGACUGAAAUUACUAAUUCAACUUAAAAGUUUUUCAAAAUACCUAGCAUCAAAUUUUACGGAAUACCAACAUAUUUAUAAGUUGAAAAACCAUCAAAAACAUUCAGUGGUGGAUCAUCCUAACGUUUAACUUUUAAUUCAAAUAUCAAAAGCCAUUUAAUCGAACACACCAAUAAUAAAAACUUUUUCAUCGAUUGUAUAUUUACAUUCAUACACUCAAUAAAAUUAUUUUCAUUAAAAACGUUGCCUACACGCCGUGCUUAAGGACAGUAAAGCGCAAAAAAGAAAAAGAUUUUGUUUUUUAAGCCGAAUUAACAAUUUUUUUCAUAAAAAUAAUAUGUAGAAAAUCGACUGAAGAACCUAAAACUGGUAUUAGGUUUUUCUAAUAGCACAAAAAUAUAAAUUGUUUUUAUAAAAUUCAAAUCCGUGGACGUGUAGUAAUCAUUUACAGAAAUAUUGUUUGCUAUUAUUUUAGUCUAGUACUUUCUAAUAGAUUAGAAUAUACCAUUUACUUAUAAGUAGUUUUUUAGCAGAAUUUAUUUCUCAUUAGUUUAGUUAAAAUUAGCCUAUUAUAAAUAAUUUUAAGCAUGCUAUACGUGUAAUAAUUCAAGCGAAGGGCAAAAGACAACCUGUUUAAUACUCGAUUAUCCACAGAAGAAAAUUAUAAACAAUUUAAAUUCAUAUUAAGUUCCAGGGUUAUUAAAACUUAUACAUAUUUCCAAUUAUUCACUGCAUAUACAAAUUUUUUCGAAUUGUGUGUUUAUUAAAGUUAUAUUUUUCAAAAUCAAAAACUAAAUUUUGUACCGUGUUUUAUUCUUUUUAUAUAUGCAUGUGCCUAUUAAAUUUAAUAUGCGAGUGCUGUACUAAAAGUAACACAAUACCUUAAAUUGACAAAAAUUUCUCGUACGUGCGCUUCUUUCAGAAUAAUUAAUUCUCUUAAAACAGAUAAAUAUGCGCCACCUACGAGAAAUUUCUGUAGGUAAUUGGAAGAUAGGUACUAUUGCAUUAUUUUCGGAACGCCUCUCGUAUUUUACCCUAAACAAAAAAGACAAUAUUUAUAAGUAAUUCUGUCAAAAAUUUUAUCGGCAACAAAACAUUUACAGAUGGAAGAACGUCGCUGAAAGAAUGAUUGCCAGUUGCCGACGAUAAACUUUAGAAAAUUCUGCACUCACAAACGAAAAAAAAAAAAAGACAAAACAAAAAAAUAAAAGAUCUGUAAAUAUAUAUAAAGAUAUCGUUGCCUUCUUUAUGACUGUGAUCUUCCUCUAACAAAAAUAUAAGCUCUCAAAUGUGUGAUAGGGGACCAUCGUGUUAUUGAAACAAAAGAUUCACUGUUUUAAAACAUCUUUCAUCACUCUAACCUGAUCUUCACUCGUUAUUUUAUUCGAAUAUAUGUACUGUUCGUUUCAAGAAGUUGGAGAUAUGCCCUUUCCCUUUAUUAGGAUGCGCCGUAGCAUAAUUACAAAUUCAAUCGUAUUUGUCUGCGGAGCUCAUUUCUUCACUGAUCAUCGAGCGAGUGCUAGUCAAAAGUGUACAG